CAGCUGCGGGCGGAGACAUGGCCAACAUCGCGGUGCAGCGAAUCAAGCCGGAGUUCAAGGAGGUGCUGGAGAGCGAGGAGACAAGCAAAAAUCAAAUUAAAGUAGGUCUUGUAGGUGAGAAUUUUACAGAACUAAUAGGAGAAAUAGCAGGACCUCCAGACACACCAUAUGAAGGAGGAAGAUAUCAACUAGAGAUUAAAAUACCAGAAACAUAUCCAUUUAAUCCCCCUAAGGUCCGGUUUAUCACUAAAAUAUGGCAUCCUAAUAUUAGUUCCGUCACAGGGGAUUUGGAUAUCCUGAAAGAUCAAUGGGCAGCAGCAAUGCCUCUCCGCAUGGUAUUAUUGUCAUUGCAAGCACUACUGGCAGCUGCAGAACCAGAUGAUCCACAAGAUGCAGUAGUAGCAAAUCAGUGCAAACAAAAUCCCGAAAUGUUCAAACAGACAGCUCGACUUUGGGCACAUGUGUAUGCUGGAGCACCAGUUUCUAGUCCAGAAUACACAGAAAACCUGUGUGCUAUGGGCUUUGAUAGGAAUGCAGUAAUAGUGGACUUGUCUUCAAAAUCUUGGGAUGUAGAGACUGUAACAGAAUUGCUUCUGAGUAACUGAGACAUAGAGCUGCUGAUAUAGUCAAGCUUGCCCCUUCCUGAGGAGCAUCAACAUC